AUGACAAGGAUAUAUUUCUUUAUAUACCUGGCAGCAGUAAUCAUAGUUUUAUUAUUCCCAAGAAUAAAAAGCAUGCUUUGUUUAUCUUGCAGUAAAACAAGCAUAAAAUAUGUUUCAAAUGCAAGGCUAACAAAAGUACAACAAAAGGAGAAAAACUGCUAUCCCACAAAAGGAGACAUUUCAUGUGGAAGAAAAAAAAAAAUCCUAUUUUUGCUGACAAAACAUUUCCAUAGCAUUCCGAACAAACCAAGGUUGCUUUUUCUCCACGUCGGAGAGAACAGAUACGGAAGUGUUCAUUUUGAUGAUCCGAGAAAAGUAUUGACAAAGUCUUAUUUGAGGCAAUUGGGGAGUCACUUUAGCUUUGGCAUUAUCGGCAUUAGCAAUAGCAGCAGUGGCAACUUUCGGCACAGGACCUCGUCACUGACACAGAAUUGGAAAAGCAAAAUAAGGACCCCUCUUGAUUAUCCUCUGAAAAACAGAAAACAUUUUCUUAUGCUCAAAAUGAGUGACACAGGAGAAAGUACCCUUUCGACGUUUAACUGCACACGUUCAGGAAAAAAUGAAAGCAAAGAAAAGGAAGAAACAAUUCAGUUGAAAUCGAACAUUUGGACUAAUGAAAAUAAAACUGCAGACAACUCAAUUCAUAUGAAAGAAAAGAACAUAUAUAAAGAUAGCUACUCAAUUGAGCAAGACACAUUUGAAUAUACCGAAAGUGAUUUGAUAAUAAGAAAGAAAUGUAAUGAAAACCAUUGGGGAAGAAUGGAUGAUGACAAUAAAAGUGAUAUUAAAAAGAACCAUGAUGGGGGGAAUUUUAUACGCAGAGAUAAUGGUACUAAUAUACAUACAGUGGAUUCAUACAAUAAUCACAGCCAAUCUUGUAGUAAGAGUAAUGAACAUGUAAUGUGGUGUAGCAAAUAUUUCACGAUUGAACAACUUGAAGAUAUAAGAAAAAAUUGCAACUACCUUAAAAUAAAUAAAACUGAAAAUGACGAAUUUAACAUAGAAUUAUAUUUCCAUUUUAAGGAAUUCAAAUUAUUAAGAAAAAAAGAUGAACUGUUAAAAUCAUUAAUGAAUAGAUUAAUUUUAAAUAUAAAAAAGUCAGAACAAAAAAAGAAAAAAGAGCUAAAAAAGAGCAGGAAUAGGAACACUGAACCUUGUGCGACUGAUUUUUCUACACAACAAAAUGAUGAAAGUUCAAGAAUCUGUAUACAAUUUUUUGAUAGUGAAAACAAUGUAGUGGAUGAAAAUGCGACUUUGGUGCAUAUAGUUAAUAAAUUAAGUUAUGUUCUUAUAAAUGAACACAAAAUAGAUAUAUUCAAAGGAUUAUAUGACCUUAAACAAAUUUAUGUAUCCAUGGAUGUAUAUAAUGGCCAUCCAAUCAUACCUGUGAAUGUACCGUUGGCAGACAUUAAUGAGUAUGCAUAUUAUUGGGUACGUUCGAAUAACAACAAAGUGAUAAUAUCAUGUGAUUUGUUUUAUAAGCCAAGCAAGGAAGAUGUAAACAAAAAUAUUCAACUUGUUAUAUAUAAUAAAAAAAACCCUUUCUUUUUUUAUGUAACGAAUGAAAUUGAAGUGUUGCGAAAUGAAUUUGAGGAAGAACUAAAAAGGAAAGAAAAUAGAUAUGCUGAUUUUAUCCAAACAAUAAAUAUAAACGACGAUAGAAGCGAUAACUUGAUACGCAUUUUGACUUACAACAUUCUUGCUCCAAUAUACACCAACACGAAGUAUGCACUUGAAUACAUGUUCAAAAAUGUAGACCCAUGUUAUCUAAAAACGAACUAUAGAUCCCAUUUACUAAUAGAUGAUAUCAGUCAUCAUUAUGACAUUAUAAGUCUGCAAGAAGUUAGUGAACAUCUACACUCAAAUUUAUUUUCUGUUUACCUGCAUGAGAAUUUUUAUACCUCAUACAAGCCAAAAAAUAACUACGGAAAUGAUGGUUGUUCCUUAUUUGUUAAUAAAAAAAAAUUCACCUUAAUUGAGUAUAAAAAUUAUGAAUUUAAUCAAGUAAUAAAAAAUUCAGAAUUGAAAGAGGUCUAUGACACAUUUAUCAACUUGUCAGAGGAUCUUGAGGAAAUUAUCAGAGAAAUUAAAACAAUUUUUCAAAUUGGUAUUUACACACAUAUUAAGUCCGCAAAGAUAUUCCUUAUUGCCAAUACACAUUUUUAUUUUCACAGUUUAGCUAGCCAUAUUAGAGCAAUGCAAUCCUAUACAUUAUUACACAUUUUGGAAACAUUAAAAAAAACAUAUGAACAAAAAUAUAGUAAACCCGUUUAUGUUGUGCUGAAUGGAGAUUUCAAUACAAAUUUUGAGUCCGAAGUUUUUUCUUUCUUUGAAGGAAAGGAUAUUACCUCAAAUUCGGAUAUAUGGAUAAACGCCAAAUUGUUUAAAAAAGAAUUUGAUGACUUGAAUAAAUAUCCAACACUAUUUGACUUAAAAAAAAAAUCCAAUAAUUCUGAACAAAUUAGUGGUCCCUAUUUAAACAGGAAAAUUUUCAUGCCUUUAUAUUCAGCAUACAAAAAGGGAGAUAUUUCAUACACCAAUUGGAACAAUAAUUUUAUUGAUGUUUUGGAUUAUAUAUUUUUAUCUCCUAGCCUUAAGGUCAAAAGAAUAUUAAAAGGUAUUGAAAAGGAAAUUUUCCAUAAAUAUAAUGGUGUAUUAUCUCCAAUACACCCAAGUGACCACAUAUCCAUAGCUGCUGAGGUAGAAAUGUGA